AUGCAGUGUUCUCUCUUACUUCCAGAUACGGUCACUAUCGGCAGAUGCCAUGUCCUCAAUCCAGCUUCACUCCUUCCUUUCCCUCAAGGGGGGACUCAAGAAGGGAAGGAUGACAACAUUGAUGCCACAUACUCAGAUGAUGAGUUUUAUCACGGGGAAGCCCAUGACUGCCUACAAUUAAUUGAACAAGAAACUGAGCCCCUAUGGAACAUCAAAGAAACUCCUAUUCUGGACCCGGACUUGACACUGUUUGUGGAUGGAUCUAGAUACGCAGAUGCAACAGGAAAAUUCCACACAGGAUAUGCAGUUACCUCAAUGGAAACAGUAUUACAGCAACAACCCCUUCCACCGGAUAAAUCAGCACAGGAGGCUGAAUUAAUAGCUCUGACUGAGGCUUGCAAGAUGGCAGAAGGGAAAACUGCAAACAUCUAUACUGAUUCACGUUAUGCUUUUGGAGUAGCCCAUGAUUUUGGACCAAUAUGGAAAAGCAGGAAGUUUCUGACAGCAGGAGGCACACCUGUGAAGAAUGCGGAAGCUGUGCAGGCACUGAUGGAAGCUCUAAGCCUCCCCAUACAAGCUGCGAUUUUGAAGAUCAAAGCCCAUUCAAAAGCAGAAACUCCAGAGGCCCAGGGGAAUGCUCUAGCAGACAAGGCAGCUAAAGAAGCGGCAGUGAGGGAAAUGAAGGAUCUCAGCACCAUAAUGGCUUUCGCUCCGGGUAAAGUGGCCAGGAAAGACGGUGGAAUUCCAAAGGGAUUCUUCCUCACUAAGGAGAUCUUGGAAGACAGACAACGUGAGGCUACAGAUGAUGAGUAUGAGGUGUGGGCUCGGAAAGAUGCUGGCCCAGAUGAAGAUCGAAUAUGGAGACUGGGCCACCUCCUGUGCCUACCGAGAAGUUUAUAUCCAAAUGUAGUCUGUUGGGCCCAUGGACCCACACAUCUAGGGAAGACAGCCAUGAACAAUCUCAUAUCCUCCAUAUGGUUUGCACCCGCCAUCUCCACUUACACCUCUCGAUAUGUGAACAGCUGCAUGGUCUGUGCCAAGUGCAAUCCAGGGAAGCUGGAGAAGGUUCCCACAAAGUGCCUAGCAAAACCCUUGUACCCUUUCCAAAGGAUCCAAAUCGACCACAUCCAAAUGCCCCCUGCACAGGGGUUCCAUUAUGCUUUGGUGGUUGUAGACAUGUUCUCUGGAUGGCCAGAAGCCUACCCCGUGAAGAACCAGACAGCGAAAACUACUGUGAAGAAGUUGUUGAACGAGGUGGUUUGCCGGUUCGGGGUACCUGAAGUGAUCGAGAGUGAUCAAGGGACUGCUUUCACUGCGGACAUUGCAGAGGAAAUAUGGACAGCUCUGGGAACGCACUUGGCCUUUCAUACACCAUACCGACCACAAAGCAGCGGAAAAGUAGAGAGAAUGAACGGUACUCUGAAACUAAAGAUGCUGAAGAUGGCCCAAGAGACUGGCAAACCAUGGCCAGAAACCCUUCCAAUUGCCCUGGCCAGUGUUCGCCAUACUCCCAGGGGAAAAGAGAAACUAUCCCCCUUUGAGAUCCUAUUUGGUAGUGCCCCUAAGCUAGGACAGUAUUUUCCAGAACAGCUUGCAUUACAGUAUGACUGUCUAGCUGAUUAUGUGAUUGCUCUUUGUAAACAUUUGACUGAUCUACAUUUUCGAGUUUUUUCUUCAAUUCCAGAUCCUGAACAGAUUCCUGGAAGUCACAAGUUGCAGCCCGGAGACUGGGUCCUGGUAAAGAAACACGUCAGAAAGACACUGGAACCCAGAUUUGAGGGGCCUUACCAAGUACUGCUCACCACAGCUACCUCAGUGAAACUUGAGGGAAAAAAGACUUGGAUACACGCAUCCCAUUGUAAAAGAACCACGAAUCCUGACCCACCUCCUGAACAAUGAUGAUAUCCUUUUUCAUUCUAUUCAUCAUAUGGGGGGGUUAUGUAAGCUCAGACAAAUGUUUCUACAAAGAUGUGUGCCCAAAACCUCCGCUGAAAUGUCAUUUUUGGGAACCACAUUCAGACAGAAGUCCUUUAGUCUUCUGGGUCAACUUAACCAAAGAACUUCAAGUAUAUGACUUUGAUUACUGUGAUGUUGCUGAUUGCAGAUGUUAUGAUUUGAUGACCAUACAGGAGUAUAAACUGUUCCAAUACUAUAUCUGUGUUACUGAAGCAGGUAACUCUUACUGUUCCUCCUGGUCUAAUGUCAUCACUAACACAGGGGAAGAUUGGGGAUAUAGGCCCCAAAAGGCUUUAAAAAGUAAGGAUAAACCGGGAAAGAACCUGAUACAUAGAAUGCGUUUAUUUGACAGAAAUGUG